GGAUCAGUUGCCUCUACAUUUUGCUGCCGGGAGGACGAGUGGUUCUCUCAACAUAGUACAGAUGCUGCUGAAGUCCUCAAACAAAGAUGCUCGAUUGAUGCAAGAUAAGGAUGGGUGCAUUCCCCUGUUUCUAAGUGCUGAAGCCGGUAAUAUUGGAGUCUGCAAGGAACUUCUUGGAAUUAAUGCUGAUCUGCAACUCAGGACACAGCGAAAGGAUAAUGGUGACACAGUCUUACAUGUUUGCUGCAGAAAAAAAGAUGUAGAGUUGGCCAAACUCAUGGUGGAAUUUGGUGCUGGUGUUGAUUUCCAAAAUGGAGAAGGUCAGACUCCCUUACAUGUUGCUGCUUGGGAAGGAGAUGAACUGAUGCUGAAGUUCUUCUACCAGUACAAAGCUAAUCCAAACAUUACAGACAAGCUGGACCGGUCUCCAUUGCACAUUGCAGCUGAACGAGGUCACACCAAUGUGGUUGAAGUAUUGACCGAGAAAUUUAAAUCCAAUGUACUGGCCCGAACAAAGGAUGGAAGCACUUUAAUGCACAUUGCUUCACACUGUGGCCACCCGGAAACAGCACUGGCAUUCCUGAAGAAAGGAGUUCCUCUACACAUGCCCAAUAAGGUCAAGCUAAUACCUUUUUAUGCUUUAUUUGUUUCCUUCAUCUUGGGUCUUUGACUGCAAGCCAGCUGAGCAGAGUUUGGUUGCACUGAUGUCUGCAGUGAUUUGGCAAACGUUGUUCAGUUUGUCCUCAACAAUCUGGCCCUCAGUCUGGAGCACGGACGUGCGGUCAGGGGAGGCAGAGGAGGCAGAGC